AUGAACGCGAACGAUGUUCCCGAUGAGGAGCUGGUGCAGCGGAGAUUGGAGGAGAGCGAAGAGAAGCUAAUGAGGUGGAAGAGAAAAGCCCGAGCUCUGCGUGAAAAUCGAGAUCCUUAUGUGGAGGAAGCGCAAGAAAACUGGGAGAAGGUUGUCAAGGACGAAGCUUCCACAGAACUGAAGCUCAGGCUGUGGAAGGCAAAAGCUGCCGCGAGCAGGAAGGGGGACGCGUGGAGUGCUGAGCAGUCCAUACAAGAGAUCUUUGAAGAGCAGCAGGACAUGCUCAGGGAGAGUUCGGCGGACGAGCUGAAGACCGUGAGCUCAGAGGAGACAGUGAAGUACGUGGAGGGACGACCUGGCUCCCUUCCGAUGCAAGAGGAAGUGGAGGCUGAAGCAAGGGCUUCGGAAACAUUUCAGCAGGUGAAGAGGAGCGAGAGAAGUGGAGAGGGAGAGGCCUUGUGCUUGGCAGCGAGGAGCGGCAAGAUCGAGGCGGUGAUCGUGCUGCUCGGCAUGGGAGCAAACGUGGACGGGUCGGCUAGGUGGGGCGGCGAACAGGGCGGACAGCACUGCAUGAAGCUGCGCUGCAGGGUCAUGCUGAGGCAGAUUGUGCGGCUGCUGCUCGACAGCGGAGCGAGCACGAGCGUACAGGACGCCAACCGGGAGACGCCUCGUGACCUGGCGCAGAGAGCUGGAAGGGCUGACAUCCUCGUCCUCCUUGAUGAGGCUCGCGAAGUCUCUUAG